GUUGCCCAAAGCGUCAAAUUGCAAGGCGAAGAGCGGAGCCGGGUAGAUCCCUGCGGUUUACCCUGGUUACAGCUAAGAAAAGCCUUGUCAAUCAACCGAAACUGCGCUGGUAGCAGCUGAUCUGUGCAUUCGCGGAUCCAGCCGACGGGUUAAAAGCGCCCGGCUUCCUCGGGAUGAGCAGAAUCAAACCAGGGAUCUGAAUUGCUUCUUUUUUUGUGUGAGUGCUGGUGGGAAGAGAGAUUGGAAUUUGCAGGAUUGAUCAAUGCAAGCGCUUAUUGAUUCCAGGGCUCCUGUGUGUGUGUGAGAGAGAGGGAGAGAUCCGCGCUUUGGGGAGACACUCGCCCAAGAUGAACUGAUUUGAGGAGAAAACUGCCAUAAUACGGAAGGGGGGACCGGAUCCAAGGAAUGUCCGCCGCAAACACGCCGCCGCCUUCACACCGGGGGGAAGCAGCUAGCCCACAGAACCGUGCGGUGAGCCCCGGGAAUUGACCUAACUUGGGGGAACAGACGCGCAAAUUUCAAGCCGCAACACCUCCGCACUCGAAAUUCCUGGGAAUCCGCAGCCAAAGGAACCAAAACAUGAACAUUCAGAUCACUUUGCUGGCUCUUACUUAUUUCUCAGUCAGUGAAAGUUUGAAGACUGUGUCUAAAAGAAAUUUGGUUGACGUUUGCAUCGAUUGGUCUGUGGAUCUCAAAAAAUACAUGGUGCUGGCAGGUGAGCCCGUGCGAGUGAAAUGUGCUCUGUUCUAUGGAUACAUCAGGACUAACUACAGCAUGGCACAGAAUUCUGGACUCAGCCUAAUGUGGUAUAAGAAUAAUGGACAAGGAGAUUCGGAAGAACCUAUUAUAUUUUCUGGACGCAGAAUGAGCAAAGAGGAGGAUUCAAUUUGGUUCCAUUCAGUGGAAUUACAGGACAAUGGAUUUUACACAUGUGUAUUAAGAAACUCGACGUAUUGUAUGAAGGUGACGAUGUCCUUGAUGGUGGCAGAGAAUGACUCAGGACUUUGCUACAACAGUAUGAUCAGAAGUUUGGAGAAAGCUGAAAUUACUAAAAGCAAAGAGAUCUUCUGCCCAGACAUUGAAGACUUCAUCACGGCUGAUCGAGAUCUUGAUAUCGUUUGGUAUAAGGAAUGCUUGCCAAAAUCAUGGAGGAAUACUAUCUUGCAAAAGAGGAAUAUCCUUGUGAUCCAAGAGGUUGAAGAGGAGGAUUUGGGAAAUUACACCUGUGAACUGAAAUACAAAGACAAGCUGGUGAGAAGAACGAUUGAAUUAAUAGUUACAGCUGUACUCACGGACAAGCUACCUGAGCUGCUCGACCCUCUUGAAAACCAACAAAGUGUUGUCGAGGUCCAGUUGGGCCAUCAAGCCACCCUGGUCUGCAAGGCAUUUCUUUGGGUACAGUUCGGUAAACCCCAUCAUUUACUGGAUGAAAGGUGAUAAGUAUAUGGAAGAGCUGGAGGACCAUCAGAUUAAGGAGAGUGAAAUCAGGGUUCUAAGCGAGCAUCUUGGAGAGAAGGAGGUGGAAUUAUCGCUGUUAUUUGAUUGGGUGAAGGAGGCCGACCUGGGGAAUUACACCUGCAUUGUAGAAAAUCGUAUUGGACGCACUCAAGCCAGCAUCCUUCUCCAGAGAAAAGACCUGAUGUACAGAGUGGAGCUUGCAGGCGGCUUGGGAGCGAUCCUUCUCCUCAUCACCUUCCUUGUAACUAUUUACAAAUGCUACAAUAUCGAGAUGAU